CCUGCUGGUAAUCUACACUGAAAUUCUCGGGUUAAAAUUCUAACAACAUUCCUAAAUGUAAGUUUGUUUUGCACACAUGAUUACAAACUUAAAACAUAUCAGAGGUUUUGUGGUGUAUGUAGUGACCCCAAGUGCGCGUGGUCCCAACCUCAUCUCGCGUACCCCGCACGCCUUUCUACCCACCGAUGAUGAUCGAAUGAAAGCCCAAAUUAAUGAGUUACAAGUUCGUUUGAAUGUGGCGACAGAAAAACGACGUCAACUUCGACGUGCUUUAAUCGAAGAAGAUUUAUCGCAUGUCGUUGUAUCACGAUUAACAGACAUGAUUAAAGAUCCCACACGUACAAAGGCAUCCGAAUUAGAAGGCAUGCAAAAAGAGAUAUUUGAUCAAUUGGUCCGUGUAGCGGAACAAUGUACGUCCAAGGAGAUCUUUAGUUAUUAUCGGUUAGCCGGUAGCAGUGUAUUCAGCUAUAACGAGAACAUGCAAGUAGUGACAUUGGAGACGUUUUAUAACAAGGUCUAUCGUGAGUCAUUCAAGAUUUGUAUGGAUAAGGAAGCACAACAAGUGCUUUAUCAUUCGUUACCACAGUUUAUUCCCGUGGAUGAAUUAGUUGAACAGUUUUUACCACACGAUCUCGAGACGUUUCUUCGUCUAGUACAUGAUGCGGCACAGGCGUUUGUGGUACGACGUGAAUUGUGGAAGGAUCUGGAAAGAACCUUCAAGAUACAGGAUUUGAAUGUAUCAUUUACGCAUGGUGUGGUGGAAGUGACUGUGGCUCCGGAAAGAGUCUUACUUGUGACUUUAACCUUUAGUAACUACCAGUCAUCGUUUCCGACGGAUAUAUUGGUGCGUCCGUUGUUCCGUGUGGCGGAUGAAGGAAGGGAGGCCUUUCGAGAAUUACAGCGUGAUUUAAUGAUGGGUGAUAUUCAAGGUGUUUUAACUGCUUUACAACGACAAACGGAGUUUUGAUUUGAGGGGGGUGGGUGUAAGUUGAACAAACCUGAAAAAAAAAAUAAACUUUUUUUUU